ACGUAGCGAAAAAUGAUACAAAUCUCUGUGAGGUGCCGGAGGCUGCUCGAGUUUCUGUAGAAUGGGUCAUUUAAACUGUGCUGUUCUUCCACUCUCCCUAACGAAGCUUUUAUUAUUUUUAUCCUGUCUGUUUGGACUGUCGCUCGGUACCGAACUGAGUAUUGUGACAUGCGGUUCAGUCGUUAAACUGUUAAAUAUAAAACACAAUGUGAGACUACACUCGCACGACGUACGCUACGGCUCCGGUAGCGGGCAGCAGUCCGUAACAGGGGUGACCGCAGUAGAAGACAGCAACAGCUACUGGAGUAUUCGAGGGACAAGUGACACCUUCUGCCAUCGGGGCACGCCGGUCAGGUGCGGGCAGACGAUCCGCCUCACCCAUGUCAACACAGGCCGUAACCUGCACAGCCACUACUUCGCUUCACCACUUUCCUCUAACCAGGAGGUGAGUGCGUUUGGAGAUGAAGGGGAAGGGGAUCACCUGGACGAGUGGACAGUUCAUUGCGGGGAAUCCGUAUGGAUGCGCGAGGAGGCCGUCCGCUUCCGCCACAAGGCCACCGACGCACUGCUGUCUGUGACGGGGGAGCAGUAUGGACGGCCGAUCCAUGGUCAGAGAGAAGUUCACGCCAUGUCAAGCCCCAGCCAGCACAGCCUGUGGAAGGCCAUGGAGGGCAUCUUUAUGAAACCCAGUGAGAACCCAGCAGGCAGCCGCGAUUACAGUCACCCACACACAGAGUUCUGACCUUGACUUUUCUUCUCUGCUUCUGUCAUUUCAUUUUUUUUUCUUCCUGUCCACCACCUUGUUCCUACCUCUGUCCCUAAUUACACCAACAGCUCCACACUUCUCCUUCUUCUCUCUCAUUAACUUUUCCAUCAUCUUGUGAGGAGACUGUGCCAAAGUCUGUCUGUAAGGAUACAAAGACGUCAUCUUAUCAAUCCUUAAUGACCUCUGUCACAUUCAUUGUGUUUUAGGAAACACUACUGUACUUGAAUCCUUAACGAUCCAGCAGCUACACUCAGACAGCUAACAGUAUUUGAAUAGCAUUAUAGUUUGUCUUUACAGGUACAGGAAGUUCUAGAGGUAUGAAAGAAAGAAAUGCUGUAUAAAGACUAAGCAGAAGGCAGUCUGAGUUUUGCUAUCAUCUUUUCAAGUCUUUUGUUAGUUGGUCUAAAAACAAACAUUGUUACACUUGUGCCUUUAUCCUUUUGAAGAAGUAGUAGGUGUUUCCAUUGUGGAGCCUUUUAAACUUUUGUAAACAUCUGCAUUUUAUUGUGUUUUUAUGGCAUUUGUAAGCUAUAUUCUAUUCAAACAACGGAUAAGCAGUGUUACUAUACUAAACCACCCUCCUCUCUUUAAGUACAGUGUUUCAAAGAACCCCACACUCACUGACAUAGACACAGACAAUAAGCAGUUGUCUGUGUAGGUGUUUUUUUAUGUACAUCAUACAACUGGAUGCUGUUUAUUGAUUAUUGUUUAUCAGUUUCUAAGUGCUGGGAGAAACUACAGUGUUUUACAGUCAUGCUCUCUGUGCAUGUGUAUGUGUCAGAGCAACUCUUUGUUCCAGAGGUUAAUUUGAGCUACAAACAUGCAAUGAAUACCUCAUAAUAAAGUGCUUUUUAAUGCA